AUGGCUUCCAUUUGGAAGCGACUGACACUCAGCCCUGAAGGUCGAUUUGGUGAAGACGCGUCCAGAACGCAGCCCUCCUCGCUGAGGUCGCGACGUGUUAAAAAUGACCUCCAUCGUCGUCGAAGCUUAGCUGGCCUCUUUACUACUUCGUCUCCGUCAAAGGAACCGGACCAAGACAUAACCACCAUUACAUGCCAAGAAAGGAUCCAUUAUCCGCUGUACAACCCUCUUGACCCUAGACAUGAUUUAGAUGCCCUUGCCUAUGAGGGUAACGAUAAGGGGUUUUGGGCUAGCUAUGGCCGGUCCAUAAGGGCACGGUUUCAGGGUUCCACCAAGCCCGGAACUGUAUCUCCAAACACCCAAAAUCAAAAACCUCGCAGAAGCAUUAGGUCCAGCUUCGCGUCGUUCACUGGCUCAUCAAGACUCCUGAAGCGCCUCUCUCGUUCAGAAAUCCCUUCCAGCCCUCUUUUGAACUCAAUUCGGGAGCCCCUAGACGUGAGUCAAAUUGAGCCCGAAGACAAAGCAAGCCAUCUGCUGCCGGACAGGGCCGACGGCUCCCAAACCUCGUUCUUGCCCGAAGUCCUGGAUGUCCCGCGGCAAUACUAUUUACCGUCACUUCCGUCAAUGUCAUCAGGCCUGAUGUCCCCAUUAGAAUUGGAAGCUUGUACUGCUGGAAGGUAUGCGGAACAGGAGACACCCUACGUUCAAAACUAUGAAUCUGCGCUCCACAAAUUCAGUCGACCAGUCCAACCCUUCAAUAUUCUGCAGAAUGCAGUGACUUCCAUGCCUGGUGGCCAACCCGCAGUUCAGCGGCGCCAAGGAUAUACAAAUAGUUCAAAUACCAAAUCAGAGAGGGCGAGCCUACCGAUCCCAAUCACGUCAAAACACCCACCGUUUAACCGUCAGCAAGCUCGCGUGUAUCGGAAAGAUAAUUCAAACUUGUCAACUUCCCGGCGUAAACAGAUGCAGUCACACCCAGCUGCCCUUGACAGCCGAAAACAGGAGAAGACCCAAAUACCAAAAGAUUUAGCCAAUGGAGCGAAGCCUCAGUCUCUUUUAAACCUUGGAGAGCAAUGGCUAGAAACUCGAAUGCAGCCACCACGCGCAGCUAGUCCUGAAAUUUCAGAGCCUAGCACCAUCACAGAUUCUGAAUUUGGGGCGGAAAUGUACCGCACAUGCGCCCCGCAUCGUUAUGCUUCGACUACAGAGAGUGAUGCGGUUCUCAGCUCCUGGCUAUCUUCAUUAUCUAGCAUUUGUCACCCGCGCGACAAUACUGAUAUUUCUGGAAGCACUCUGUGUCGGUCCCAACCUCCUUCAACAAGGCACCCAAGUGACUUAUAUUCUGCAUCAGUUUUACGGCGGCCAUAUGGACAUGCUCAAGCUUCCUCUAGAUCGGAGACACUGCAGUGCAGUGAGCUGGGGAUUAGCGAUGCGGACACAAACAAGCACAAAAACGCAUUCGCUUCUAAAUCCAAUUCUCCGCAGCAAGGAAUAGCUCCUGAAUUUGCGAAGCUGGAAAACUUUAGUAAUCUCAAUUCUGUAAGAAAUACCCGGCCAGACGUUGGCGGGCCUUAUGAAGUGCCGAAUGACCUCCUUAACCUAGGUAUCAAAUCAACAGAUACCCCAAGUCAGUUAUCAAAUUCUCUCAGAAAACAGUUCUGUGAGAGUGAUCUUACAACCGGAUUUCACGAAGGAAACUUAUGGCCUGGUUCAAUUGAUUCACGUAUUGGAAAUGACCACCUCAAACAACUUCACAAAGAAAAUAGGCCUAAUCCCCUGGUCUUAGAUGGACACGACUUAGAAGGUCAUGGUAAUGUUCAGUUUGGUGGCGAAUACCAAAUCAUAUCAGCUACUCACCCUGCAGGAAAUCAGGCUCCUGGUUACAGUGGAAAUACGCGAGCACAAAGCGGUUCUCAGGAUGCUACAAACGGGAAAAUUAUCCCCAUCUUCGAAACGUCUUACGGCCUUUGCAUAGACACUUCAACAAAUUGCGGCCCUGCGUCAAGGGGAAAAUCGGGAAGUCAGAUUCGUCCCGACCAGGGUUCCAAAUCCUCCUGUGGUCGCAAGAAUGGAUCAAGUAGUUGCAGUGGUUCCGGCUCUGGUGACUCAGGCCAGAGUGAUCCACUGACCAAUAGCACGGCCGGGACAAGCGUUGUUGACUUUGCAAAGGACCAUAACUUGACUACAAAGGCUAAAGCGGAGGAACGUACCACUAGCCCACAAAUGAACAUUAUGGCUCUCCCAUCAAAAAUCGAUGAUGGAGCAUUGUCUAAAUGCUGA